AUGGCAAGCACAGUCAGUGCCGUCGUCUUUUCGCCGGCUCCGUACCACAUCAUUACGUACGGAACCCUCUUGGGCACGUCAUUCUUCCACACCUUUAUCAAUGGCAUCGUCAUGAUCCGGACGGUCGACCGUCCUAGCUUCUCUGCUAUCCAGCAGAAGCUCUUCCCCAUCUACUUUGGCCUGCAGACCAUCCUGCCAGGCAUUCUCGCCCUGACCUUCCCCGGAAACUCGCUGAUUGGCCUCUCCAACGGCCCGAAGGGACUGGUCACCGAGUUUGCGCGCUGGCACUCGCUGCUCCCAAUUGGGAUCAUGGCCUUGACUGGUGCUGUCAACUUUACCAUCCUCCUGCCUCUAACGACUGAGACUAUGAAGCAGCGCCGUGGUCAAGUCAAGCGAGAUGGCAAGGAGUGGUUCGCGGAUGGCCCGCACUCUGACGAGAUGAAGGCCCUGAACAAGCGAUUUGGCAUCCUGCACGGCAUCUCAUCCCUGAUCAACUUGACCACCUUCUUCGCUGCCGUCGCAUACGGUUUCACUCUGGGUGGUCGUGUUCUGUCCGUUGCGGACCUGGCCUAA